AUGGCCAUUGAAGUGAAAAAAAAGACUUCCAGAGCAGCAGCAACCGCGUUAUGGCUGGUCUCGUUGAGCCUUAUCAUGGCCUACAAUGUGAGUGUAGCAGAAAGAGUUUUGAAAGACCAAAAUACUGAGAGUUUUGCUGCCAAAGAAAGACAAGGAGUUUUGAUUAGUAUAAUUGAUUUCUUUUGGAAUGAUGGAGGAGAGCCUUCCAAUGACCGUGUUUGGCCUGAAAUGAAAUUUGGUUGGAGAAUUGUGGCAGGGUCAAUCGUUGGAUUUUUUGGAGCUGCAAUGGGUAGCGUAGGCGGGGUUGGAGGUGGAGGAAUUUUUAUCCCUAUGCUCACUCUGAUCAUUGGCUUUGACGCUAAGUCUUCCACUGCCAUUUCUAAGUGUAUGAUUAUGGGUGCAGCGGCAUCAACUGUAUAUUACAACCUGAGGUUUAGACACCCAACACUAGACUUGCCAGUUAUAGAUUAUGAUCUGGCUUUGCUUUUCCAGCCUAUGCUAAUGCUAGGAAUAAGCAUUGGUGUUGCAUUUAAUGUCAUGUUUGCUGAUUGGAUGGUGACGGUUUUGCUUAUCAUCUUGUUCAUUGCUACAUCCACAAAAGCUUUGUUCAAAGGCAUAGAUACAUGGAAAAAGGAAACAAUUAUGAAAAAGGAAGCAGCUAAGAUGUUGGAAUCAGAUUCUUCUCCUGGUUAUGACUCUGAAGAAGACUAUAAGUCACUAACAGCUGGUUCGGCUGAUCCACAAGAUGAGAAGGUCCCUUUACUAAAGAACAUCUACUGGAAAGAAUUACUAGUCCUUGUCUAUGUCUGGGUGGCUUUUCUCAUUGUUCAGAUUAUUAAGACAUACAGCAAAACUUGCUCCAUACUGUACUGGAUUCUUAAUUCCCUGCAGGUGCCUAUUGCAGUCUCUGUUACGCUUUAUGAAGCCAUAUGCUUGUGCAAUGGAACUAGAGUGAUUGCAUCAAAGGAAAAGGAAAUUACAGAUUGGAAGAAGUUUCACAAGAUCUGCCUUUACUGUUCCUGUGGAAUAAUAGCUGGUAUAGUUAGUGGACUUCUUGGUCUUGGUGGUGGCUUUAUUUUGGGACCACUCUUUCUGGAGUUGGGAAUUCCUCCUCAGGUUGCUAGUGCUACAUCAACUUUUGCUAUGGUUUUCUCUUCCUCCAUGUCAGUGGUACAAUACUACCUUCUAGAACGAUUCCCUGUUCCCUAUGCUGUAUACUUUAUUUUGAUUGCAACGAUAGCUGCGUUAACUGGCCAGCAUGUGGUGCGAAAGAUAAUUGCUAUCUUCGGACGAGCAUCCAUCAUCAUCUUCGUUCUAGCUUUCACCAUUUUUUUGAGCGCAAUCAGUUUAGGUGGAGUGGGAGUUGAGAACAUGGUUGAGAAGAUGGAAAAUAAUGAGUAUAUGGGGUUUGCAAAUAUCUGUCAUCAAUCUUAG